AGAGAAUCAAUGGAUCAAUUUAAAAGAAUCAAGAAAAUUGGGAAAGGUAAUUAUGGGGAUGUAUUGUUGGUGUAAAGAAAAUCCGAUGAUAAGGUAUAAUUGAUUUGUUAUCUUUUAAAGUUUUUUGCUAUAAAAAGAGUAGAUUUGAGUUUUAAAGAGAGUUAUGUAGUUGAUCCAUUAAAUGAAGUUAAAUUGUUACGUAGUUUAGAUCAUCCUAACAUUAUUUCACAUUACGAUUCUUUCACUCAUAAUAAUAAGUUGUGUAUUGUUAUGGAAUAUGCUGAAAAUGGUAUACAAUUCUUAUCCAAUUCUUGUAGCCGAUCUAAGUAUCAUGAGUAAUCAAGCCAAAUAAACAUAAACAUAUAUUGAUGAAAAUACAGUUUAGUAUUUUAAUUAUGCAAUAUUAUAGAUUCUUGGAUGGUUUUCCUAGAUAUCCAUUGCCAUUCAAUAUCUACAUUAACUGAAGAUUAUACACAGAGAUAUCAAAUUAUAAAACAUCUUCCUAUGCACUAAUGGAAUUGUAAUAUUCCUUAUUAAAUUUCAAGGUCAAAUUAGGAGAUUUCGGAAUCUCUAGAACUUUAGAUAAUACCUUAGAUCUUGCAUAAACAUCAAUAGGUACUAAUCUAUUUUUUUUAUAUCCAAGGAACUCCCUUCUAUCUCUCUCCUGAAAUCUGUCAAAAUCAACAAUACAAUCAUAAAAUUGAUAUCUGGAUGCUUGGAUGUACUCUCUAUGAAUUAUGUUCUCUACAAAAACCAUUCAAAGGUGAAUCUAUUAGUGAAAUUGCAUUUAAGAUUAUCAAUGAACCUCAUCCCAAAAUUUCAAAAAAUUAUUCAGAUUUUAUCUCACAAUUAAUAGAUGAAAUGUUAGAUAAGAAUCCUGAUAAACGACCUGAUAUCUCGACUAUUGUGUAAUAUCCAUAAAUUCAAUCAGAACUAUAUAAAUUACAAGGAUUUUAUAAGACUUAAUUUAAUUACAUAUUACCAGUAUAAUCUAUGCAAUCAAAUAAAUCUUCACAAAGAAAAAUGCAUAAAAAUUCUAUCCAUUUUUUAGUUGAAUAAUCUAAAUAAUUACAAUAAUAAUAAUAAUAAUAAUAAUAGCAACCAUAAUAAUCACCAUAGGUUAGCAAGUAAAAAAAGAGAAAAGUUUCUUUGUAAUAAUUAAUUCAAGAUACUUCAAAUUAAAAUUCACCUACUUUCAAAUAAUUGGCAACUGCUGAUAAUGCUUAUAAAAAUAAACCAUUAUCAUUUAAUUUACAUACUCUUCCGGAUGUCAUUAAUGAGUCAAUAUAAUAGAAUUCAGCUGUCUUAGCUUAAAGAUAAUUAAGAUAUUAGAAAUCAAUAUCAAUAAAUACACAAAUUGAUGAUGCUACUAAAAGAAGUUCAAAUGAAUAUGAGAAUGAAAAUUAACCUACACUACUUAAGAAUCCAAAGACUUUUUAAUUUGCUGGUUAAUUUUUAAAUCCUAAUGCACCUACUUCUCCUUAAAGAUCAAUUUUAUUGACUGAUUUUUUAAAGAGAAAGAUUGGAGAAGAGAAAUUUUAAUAGAUGAAGGCAUUGAUAGAAUCAUCAAAUAAUCCAAUGAAGAUGUUGGAUUAAGAGAAAGUAUUGGUAAGUGAAAUAUUGGGAGAAGAAAAUAUUGAAUGCAUCAAGGUAUUGGAUUAAAUAAAAUGAUUAUAGAUAUUUAAAGUGUUGAUAAGUAGUUCAAUUACACCGUAAGCUUAACAUAAUAGAACAAAAAGUAGCCAAUCAUUUUAAUAAGAGAAUCAUAAUGAUCAAACAUUGAUUGAUUUAAUAAAAGAAGCUGAUUUAAUUCAUAAUAUAGAAAACUCUUAGAAUUCAGUGUUUGAGAUUUCAUUUAAAAAUUUAUAAAAUUGCCAUGACGCUUUUAAACAAUCAUGA